AUGAAAGAUACGACACAAAAUCAGCAAGUUCAGAAUUUUGGAGACCCUUUUUUCUUGGUUGUACAUGAGGGUGAGACUUUAGCUGAUGUCAAGUUGCGGAUACAGAAAAAGUUGCAAGUUCCAGAUGAAGAGUUUUCGAAGUGGAAGUUUGCAUUUCUGUCACUCGGUCGUCCUGAAUACCUACAAGAUUCAGAUGUUGUUUCCUCUCGGUUUCAGAGAAGGGAUAUCUAUGGCGCUUGGGAGCAAUAUCUUGGACUGGAACACACGGACAAUGCUCCAAAAAAGUCCUAUGCUGUCAACCAGCCUGAUAUGGAUGGUAUUGAUGAUCGAGAGUUAACGAUGGAUUAA